AUGUCUUAUCUGUUGCUUGUUUAUCUGUUACAACUGGUUCAUAGCCAUCUAUCUGUUUAUUUAUUAAAAUUGGUACAUAUCUAUCUAUUAGAUCUGGUUCAUAUCUAUCUAUGUAUCAGAACUGGUUCCUAUCUAUCUAUCUAUCUAUCUAUCUCCUAUCUAUCUAUCUCCUUCUGUUUCUUUCUAUCUAUCUAUCUAUCUAUCUAUCUAUCUAUCUAUCUAUCUAUCUAUCAGAACUGGUUCAUAUAUAUCUAUAUAGAACUGGUUCAUAUCUAUCUAUGUUUCAGAACUGGUUCCUAUCUAUCUAUCUAUCUAUCUAUCUAUCUAUCUAUCUAUCUAUCUAUCUAUCUAUCAGAACUGGUUCAUAUCUAUCUAUAUAGAACCGGUUCAUAUCUAUCUAUGUAUCAGAACUGGUUCCUAUCUAUCUAUCUAUCUAUCUAUCUAUCUAUCUAUCUAUCUAUCUAUCUAUCUAUCUAUCAGAACUGGUUCAUAUCUAUUUUAAAUAAUAUUAUCCAUGUGCUUACAAACUGCUUAUUUUCUUCUUUCAUUCUCCUGCUUUUCUUCCAUUCUCUUGAAUUUUUCUCUCUCUGUUCUUUCUUUCUUUCUUUCUUUCUUUCUUUCUUUCUUUCUUUCUUCAUAUUUUUCUCAUCUCUUUCAAUUUUCUCUUAUAUCUUUCUUUCAUCUUUCUUUCUUUCUCUUUCUUUCUUUCUUUCUUUCUUUCUUCAUAUUUUCUCAUCUCUUUCAAUUUUCUCUUAUAUCUUUCUUUCAUCUUUCUUUCUUUCUCUUUCUUUCUUUCUUUCUUCAUAUUUUCUCAUCUCUUUCAAUUUUCUCUUAUAUCUUUCUUUCUUUCUCUUUCUUUCUUUCUUUCUUUCUUUCUUCAUAUUUUCUCAUCUCUUUCAAUUUUCUCUUAUAUCUUUCUUUCAUCUUUCUUUCUUUCUCUUUCUUUCUUUCUUUCUUUCUUUCUUUCUUUCUUUCUUUAAUUCUUUCAGCUUAUUCUCUGUGGUGCUUGAUAAGUAA